AUGUGGAAACGGUUACUAACCACAGCAGUGUCCAUUCCCAAAACCCAGAAAGCUGUUCUUUUAGACACCCAUGGAGGUCCAUUGAGAUACUCCGACAUCCCGGUGCCUACCCCCAAGCCCAACGAGCUCUUGAUCAACAUCAAGUACUCGGGAGUGUGCCACACCGACUUGCACGCCUGGAAGGGAGACUGGCCCUUGGACACCAAGUUGCCCUUGGUGGGAGGCCACGAGGGCGCAGGCGUGGUGGUGGCCAUGGGUGCAAAUGUCAAAGGCUGGAAAGUCGGCGACUUCGCGGGUGUGAAGUGGUUGAAUGGCUCGUGCAUGUCGUGUGAGUUCUGCCAGCACGGAGACGAGUCCAGCUGUGCCCACGCUGACUUGUCUGGAUACACCCACGACGGGUCGUUCCAGCAGUACGCCACUGCUGAUGCAGUUCAGGCUGCCAGAAUCCCUCCAGGAACCGAUUUGGCAAAGGUAGCCCCAGUCUUGUGUGCGGGAAUCACCGUGUACAAGGCGUUGAAGACUGCCAAUCUCUCUGCUGGCCAGUGGGUGUGUAUUUCUGGCGCAGGAGGAGGCUUGGGAUCGCUUGCCAUCCAGUACGCCGCAGCCAUGGGCUAUAGAGUGGUUGCAAUCGAUGGAGGAGCCGAAAAAGGCGAAUUCUGUAAGUCCUUGGGUGCCGAAGUGUACGUCGAUUUCACCACCACCAAGGACAUCGUCCUGGCCGUCAAGGACGCCACCAACGGAGGUCCCCACGGAGUCAUCAACGUGUCUGUGUCGCAGCAGGCCAUGUCGCAAUCGUGUGCCUAUGUCAGAUCCACCGGAACCGUCGUUUUGGUGGGAUUGCCAGCCGGUGCCCAAGUCAUUGCACCCGUGUUCGACACCGUGGUCAGGUCCAUUUCCAUCAGAGGGUCUUAUGUCGGGAACAGAGCCGACACUGCGGAAGCCAUAGACUUCUUUUCUCGUGGCUUGAUCAAGUCCCCCAUCAAGAUCGCCCCAUUGAGCGACUUGCCCAAGAUCUAUGAGGCCAUGGAAAAGGGCGAGAUUAUUGGCAGGUACGUGGUGGACACCUCCAAGUGA